UCCGUGUUACGUCAAAGGGGAAAUAAAACACACCCUUCUGCUUCCACGCUCUCAUUCCUCAGAGCGCGACACGCGAUGAAGAGCCGGAGUCCGGCCUGAAAACACCGACCUCAAACCAGAAGCCAAAGCUCGUAACGUGCCCAAAACAACCGUGCGUAAUUACGCAUACGACGAAAGAAGAAAAGAAACAAUGAACGCCACGACCGCUAUGGAGGUGAACGCCGAAGCCAGGCGGAUCCUGGCCGUGUCGAUCAGCAAGCUGUACGCCUCCCGGGCGCAGAGAGGCGGACUGAGACUCCACCGAGGCCUCCUGCUCUCCGUGGUCAUGAGGUCUGCCCGGGACAUCUAUCACUCCUCCCGGGAGUGCGACGAGCCGUGCGCCGCGCAGCCGACCACGGAGGAGCUGAUGGAGACCGCCUGCGGCCCGGAGGAGCAACCGGCGCUGCCGGAGCCGGUGCCCGAGCAGGAGCCCCAGCCGGCGGGGAAGUCCGCCGAGCCGCACCCGGAGGAAUCGGACAGCGAGGACGACGGGUCGGACGGGGAGACCGCGGAGGACAAAGAGAACAUUAGCCCCGCGAGGCAGUCUAGGAAACGCCGGGGCAAGGCAUCGGUGGCGCCCGACUUCCUUCCCAGCAAGAGGGCGAGGCUGGAGCCCGGGGAGGAGAGGCACGCCGCCCCCCCGAGCAGCUGCCGCACCGGGGCCGGGGAGUCGCUGGCCGCGCUGUCUCUAAACCGGGUCAUACCCGCGUUCUGAACACACUGAGGGACACAACGGACCUCCAACCAGACUUUGGAGAGGAGCGAUUCUGAGCUCCUCGUAACACACACAAGGGGCGGCGGUUUGAUCCCCACCCCCACUGUGCCCACACAAGGAGCCGACCUACAUAGGCGGUCCCGGGACAGAGGGGUCUACCGGGAACAUGGUACGGUACCAUGGAUCCGAGCUCUGCGGUCGAUCGGAGUGCGCUGGCCGGGCUGGGCAAAGCCCCUCACCCCGCCCCCCCUCCUCUUCUUCCCCGCAGCAGAGCCGGAGGAACCGGAGCGGAGAGAGCUGCCAGGGCCGGAAAGUUUGAGGGAGAAACUGAAAGGGGGGGGGGGGGUGUUCUUUUUGAUGAUUCACCUUCAGAAAAAUAAGUCCAAACAAGUGACUGUCGCUGACUCAAACGUGUGUGUGCGUGUGAAUCAGCAGAGUGAUAUGAGUCAAGACACGCGCACGCACACACACACGCACACGCACACACACACAAACCCAGGAGGGAGAUUCCUGCUUUCAUACCGGGACGUCAGGCCCGAAAGAGGAAGGACAGUUCACCCACAGACACACUUUGACAUUCAGCUGCUGCUGUGGUCUUUGAUAGAUCAAUACUACUGCUGGGGGGUCGGUGGGGGGGCCUUGGUUCACAUGGUGCUUUGAGGAACACAGAAAAAAGGCUGUCCACUUGGUGUCGGAAGUCAAUUGAUGUGUUUUUAUUUCAAUGAAUUGUUCACACCUUGAACAAUAAUAUUACCUCAUAUUCCAAGCUGCUUUUUAAUGUGAUAAUGUGAAUAAUUGUAAUAAACACGUUAUAAAUA